AUGAGCUCCGGGUGCAAGUCUUCGCUGUGCUGCGUCGAUGAGCGUGAGCCGGUGAGGGCGAGCUACCAGCUCCUCUACAAGUGGCCCGAUUCCGACGUCGAGUUCCUGAAGUCGAUGGCCGCCGGAAAAAGAGCAGCGAGAGGUGACCUCCACAGCCUCAACUGCUGCGCCGACCUCAAAGAGGGGAGGAAGCAGAGUUCAUGUCCCAGCGUGGUCGAUAGCUAUUCAUGCCGGCAGCUGUACCUGAGAAGCUACACCUUCACCAAGAAGGAGACGGUCCCGGAGAAGACGAGGCGGUGCAUCAUGAUUGUCAAGCAGACGGCUGCGGUCCUGCCCAUCUGCUGUCAGAGCAGCGAUGGCGGUACCAGCUGCGUCAAAAGUUCUGAUUUCAGUGCUCCGAAGAGCGUGACUGCGGAGAGAAAGAGGGAGGCGGCGGAGGGUUCCGCAGGUACCGGGAAGUACUCCUCCAUCUUCCGUCGCCUCCUGUUAUGCACCGGCAGCGUCGAGGUGGUGGAUUGA